UCGCCUAACGGGUUUACUAUAACUAUUCUGAUUUUAAACCCGUUCACAAAAAUUACUGGAGUUGUACUUCGCUUAGGGGAAAACCAUCUUUUACAUAUUCCUAAAUACGUAAAAUUCCUGGACCGAAAAUAUUAUUUUAGAAAUGAAAUGCGGUGUUAUCCAAUUCCCUUCACUCUGGAAGAAGCCCUUUCUAUUGGCUCUGAAUUUGACUUAUUUUUUUCUGAAUGUUUUGAUCCCAGUAAACUACCAAUCAUUGAUUCUAUCCAAGUUUAUGGCAUACCCGCACGUGAACUACAAACUUUAAACACUAAAUUUUUUGAUUCUGGAAAAUUUACUUCGCUUGAACAAUUUUGUAGUGAAUGUUGUGCAUUGUUCUCUCAUCUUUACUUUUCUUCCAGUCGUGCAGAAACUCAAUAUCAAGAGGAUGGUCAGUGGAAUAUUAUAGAGUCGACUAUUGCACAACUUUUAAUGAAGGGCGUCCCAGUCUAUGUUGAAAAGAUCUUAAAAUCCACUUUAAAAACAAUCUGUCCACUGAAGUCUGCUUACCACAACGUGAAGGAUAAACAUGUUAUGCAGAAACUUUGUGGCAUAAUAUCAUCUUCUGCUAGUAAUUUCACCGAAAUUGCUGAGCAGUUUAUUGAUGGACUUUCGUCUCUUGUGAAAAUAUCUGCUAAACGCCUCGCGGAAGUCAAUUGCCUUAUUAGCAGCGAAUCUCUCCAUGAUAUUUUAGUGAAAUUAUCAACCAAUGAGGGAAAAAUCUCUCUAGAGGACUUUCCUUUCCUUUGUUUCGCUGAAAAAGUUAUCUCAUUCUUUAUGACGCACACCUCAAAGUUUCCUGUGGCCCUGAAAAUAAAGGCUAUUGGCCUUUUUGUUCCUUUUUUAUUUCGAUUGGUUAUAACGUUACCGCUGUUGCUCGACGGCAUUGGCCCCGUCGUUAAUAUGUGGGUGGCUGAUUGGCUCUUUCGAUUUCUUUCAAAUGAGCAACUUUGUGCCGAAUUUGUUGAAGCCACGCGAAAUUACUUGACCAGUUUAUCUAUCAAAGAUCUCAACGUGUUUAGGCAUCUUUUUCCCACCAUCUCCUCUUCCUCAACAAAACUGGAAGCUUUAGCACGUCUUUUUCAGGAGCAGUUUAUCACUUGUUUACUAAAUCAUAGAACUAAUUCUUCCCGCUUAAAUCCUACGCGACAUUCUUCAGCUUUUCAGCCCCAAUUGUUGGGGUUCUAUCAAGUAGUGUACCAGUUACUCAAAAACUAUGGUGACGUCUUUUUACGCUUCGGAGAAUCCCAUGCUCAACCGCCAUGCUUAUUGCCUUGCUUAUACGACUUUUGCACCAGUGACUUGAAGGAGCCCUUUCGAGACACUAAUAACUGCGAGCUUUACUAUAAAUUGACCCUGCUGGAAUUUUUAUUUGUGCCUGCUUUUGGCGACCCCUUUGUCAAGAAAGGUCACUGUCCCGAGGAAGACCGGAAUUCACGUGCGUUAAGUAGUGUCACUGUUAAAGAGAAACCAGUAAAAACGAGCGACUCGUCUAAAGAAAGCUUUUCAGUGGACAUGCAUGCAGUCUGGAGCGGCCGACGUUACACGCUGUACCGUCUAUUUUCCUUGCCCCAAUUUAACUCCUUUGUCGACAUUCGUUGCUGCCAAAUGACUUAUCUCCAGCAAUCGCUCCAUUAUUUAUUCCACUGGCUUAAAACAGCUACUCUUGGUUGGCUCAAGACUUACCAAUCCAGUGUUGCAAGCAUAAUGCAGGCUGACAUGUUUUCCGUCUCUCUUCUUGCUAAUACGGUUGUUUCGGGCCAAUCCGGUGAUAGCGGCAUUUUCCCAAUAGAGCAAGUGGUUGAAGUUAACACCUUACCGCUCCCCGGGAGAGCGGCAUUGAGAUUGGCGCCAUUUUUUUUUUAUCGCGUUUCUGAAGAACCCGCGAAUUGCUUCGAAAGAUUUCAUGAAUUUUUCCUUAUGCGGUUGUUGUCAUUGAGCCACCGCCUUUUUCAAUGGCUAGGGGAAAGCGCUGACGUGCCGGAAAUUGUGCAGUCGUGCGCCUUUAACACGUGUGAUCCGUAUGGCGUGUUCUUUGAAAACAGUGAAGUUGUUAAAAGGGAGUGGAUUCAAAUAUUCUGUAGAGUAUUGGACGAUAAGCACUGUUCCAACCUGCACUCGAUAGCCACGCUCUUCUUCCGCGCCGUCUGUCCCUCCAAUCACGAAUAUUAUUGGGAACGCGAUACGUUUUGUUAUGCGAAACAUCUCCAUUAUCUUUAUAAGCACCAAUCCGAUUACGAGAACUCCUCUUACGAGUCUGUUGCUUCAUUGAGCAACAUUUUUAAUGAACUCAAUGAAAGAGCUCAAUUACGCCCACACAAUUGGAGAAUGUUUAUCCUCAAUUUAUACGGACAUGCUGUAGUGCGCAAUAAUAGCGAAGCUGAUGAUUCGUCAAUAAUAAUUGGCAACAAAUGCUUAUUGGUCACACUUCUACCAAGCCUCUGCGAUGACGUCAAACUUACAUUAAUGAAAAUUAUUGAAAGAUGCCUUUGCACCACCACCAACGUACAAACCGAACGGGAAUCGGAAAAUCUCCAACGAAAUUCGACUGAAGAGCGCAAUGAAAAUUCAGCAUUAUUAAAGUGGUUCAGUCAAAGUCUCGGGAAUAAAAGCACGAAGAAGUUUUCAGAAAACCCUUUUCUCGAAUUACUUUUAGACUUUGUCCUUCACUCCCCAAUGGCAGACAUCCGAAAGCAUGCUUUGCGCUUGGCGCAGUGCUUUUUAAUGAACGUGAAUAUAAUUUUUCAGCAAAGUUUUUUUACUUAUCUUCUGAAAAUAUGGCAUGAAGUUUUCGGGUUUUCUUGUUUCAGCAACGAACUUACUGAAUUAGUUAUUUGGUGCCUUCGAUUCUUCAGAAAUAUUAAUAACGAGUUCAUUCAAAAACUUUCAACUUGUUUUGAAAAGUUUAACAACUUUUAUAUAAAACAUUCAAACGCGUAUAUUUAUAGUUCAUUACAAGAAUCCUUUAUUUUAAGCGUUUUUUAA